GCCUCCUUUAUAGAGGCCCCACUUUUAGUACUAAUCCUCAGACGAGGGUUUCUGAUAGAAGAAGAAGAAGAAGAAGAAGAAGAAGAGAGAUAAUACUAACGAAAAGAAAAGAAAAAUGAUGGCGUCUCGAUCGAUCGUUCCUCAGCAAACCACGGGUGAUGUUGUUGUUAUAGUGGAAGAUGAUGACAAGAACGCUGCGAAAGGAAGAAACCGUCAGGUUCUUCGUGAUAUAGGCAAUGUUGUUCGACGAAAUCACCCAAAGAACAACGACCCGGCUAAGAUCAAUCAUCCUCGUACGCGGUCUCAACACGCCCCACUCGUUGAGCUUGUUAAACCUGUGGCGAGGAGAGUCGCUGUGGCGGUACCAAAGCCAAGGAAAAGAGCUGAGAAGCCAAAGGAUGUAGAGGUUAUAGAGAUAAGCUCAGACAGUGAUGAAGAACUUGGUUUAGUUGCUGUCCAGGAGAAGAAAGCCGCCGCAGCCGCUAAGAAGAAAACAACAGUCUCUUACACAUCUGUUCUCACCGCUAGAAGCAAGGCUGCUUGUGGUUUAAAGAAGAAAGAAGAGAUUGUUGAUAUCGAUUCUGUUGAUGCUAAGAACGACCUUGCAGCUGUUGAAUAUGUGGAAGAUAUCUACAGCUUCUACAAGUCUGUUGAGAGUGAAUGGCGUCCAACUGAUUACAUGAGGUCACAGCCUGAGAUUAACGAGAAGAUGAGACUGAUUCUCGUUGAAUGGUUGAUAGAUGUGUGCGUCAGAUUCGAGCUAAACCCUGAGACGUUUUACCUCACAGUUAACAUCAUGGAUCGGUUCUUGUCGGCUAAGCCUAUACCUAGAAAAGAGCUGCAGCUGGUUGGUCUCAGUGCUCUUCUCAUGUCAUCCAAAUACGAAGAGAUCUGGCCACCACAGGUGGAGGAUCUAGCUGACAUUGCAGACCACGCAUACAGUCACAAACAGAUUCUGGUGAUGGAGAAGACAAUACUGUCUACACUCGAGUGGUACUUGACGGUUCCGACACAUUACGUCUUCCUCGCACGUUUCAUCAAAGCUUCCAUUGCAGACCAACGAAUGGAGAAUAUGGUGCACUAUCUGGCUGAGUUAGGAGUAAUGCAUUACGACACGACCAUAAUGUUCAGCCCAUCACUGGUUGCUGCAGCUGCAAUCUACGCAGCGAGAUCAGCUCUUCACCAAGUUCCCGUUUGGACUAGCACUCUCAAGCAUCACACCGGCUAUUCUGAGACUCAGCUCAUGGAUUGUGCGAAGCUAUUGGCGUUUCAGCAGUGGAAGCAGCAGCAGCAACAAGAAGAAGGGAGUGAGAGUAAGAAGGGAGCUUUACGAAAGAAGUACUCCAAGGAAGAAAGGUUCGGUGUGGCUAUGAUCCCCCCGGCCAAAUCUUUGUUGACCGGAACCGACUCUGCUUAGGAGUUUAUAAAGAAGAUGAAAUAAUCUACUACUAGAUAUGGCUUUUCAUUAGAUUUAAAGUUUUGUAUAAGUCUAAUGAGUUACUUUGAAAACAUAUAUUCUCUAUUGAAUGAAUCCAAAUGCUUCUUAUCA